AAAAAAAAAAAGACUUGACCAAGAUGGCGGAGGCGGAAGCUAGCAGAAGUCUGCUCGCGCUGCUCAAUGGCGUCGCUCAGCAACUUUAUUACGGCCAUAGUGAGGUGACGGAGGACUUGUUACACGGCCAGCUCUUCCCCCACAUGACCCGGGACCACUUUAAGGCCUUCUACCACAAAAUGAGAGCACUUUUAAAGUCCAUCGCCACGGCCGACAUGGACCACGCCCAGCUGGAGGCCUUUCUCACCGCCCAGACCAGGAAGCAGGGGGCGGGCGGCGCUGACCCCGAGCAGGCCGCCGCCCUCGCUCGCUUCUGGAAGAGCCACCGUGUCCGCGUGAGGGAGAGCCUGCUGUCCCACAGCCGCUGGGAGCCUGGACUCAGGGGUCUGUCCUGGAGGGUGGACCUCCAGACGGCGGCCGGCAGAGGCCCCCUGGCUCUGAUGGAGAUGGAGCUGGGCGGUAGCAGCGGCCAGGAUUCUCAGUUUGUGUGUGUGGAGAUGGACGAGGACAAGGUCCACGAGGUGCUCAAGAAGAUGGCCGAGGUCCAGGCCAGCAUUGACGCCAUCCUUCAGCGCACCUGACUCGCCCGUUUAGACCGCCUAGUCCUGACUAAGCCAGACUCAUAUGUGACGAUUCCAGAGACAAUGCAGAGCCUCGCUGACCAUUCCCCAACCUUGAAGACCUGGACAACCUGAGAACAAAAACUAUUAAGACCAGCUCCGUGGUUGUUGUUGUUGUCAUGUGACUUCAUUAAACAUCUACAGCCUUGUUGUGUGACAGCUGGCUGUUGGCAUUAGCCACCAUAGCACCCUGACCUCCAAGUGCGCUAACCACCACCCGGCAGCAGCAAGGUGGGUGAAGUGUUUUGCCCAAGGACACGUCGGCCGUGACCAGGAUGACAGAAGCUGGAUACGAACCAGGAACCCUCAAGUUGCUAAACAUUAGCAUUAGCCAGUAUAACACGUUUACAUCCAAGUUUCUGUUAGUGUUAGCCACGUUAGCACCUUUAAAUCUAAUUGUUAGCAUUAGCAAUAUUAGCACCUUGAGUGUCUGUUAGCAUUAGCCAUGUUAGCACCUUGACAUCAAGGCGUCUGUUAGCAUUAGCCAUGUUAGCACCUUGACUGUCUGUUAACAUUAGCCAUAUUAGCACCUUGAGUGUCUGUUAGCAUUAGCCAUGUUAGCACCUUGACCGUCCGUUUACAUUAGCCAUAUUAGCACCUUGACUGUCUGUUAGCAUUAGCCAUGUUAGCAUCUUGACUGUCUGUUAACAUUAGCCAUAUUAGCACCUUGAGUGUCUGUUAGCGUUAGCACCUUGACCGUCUGUCUACAUUAGCCAUAUUAGCACCUUGACUGUCUGUUAGCAUUAGCCAUGUUAGCAUCUUGAAAUCAAAGUGUCUGUUAGCAUUAGCCAUGUUGGCACCUUGACAUCGAAGUGCCUGUUAGCAUUAGCCAUGUUAGCACCUUGACAUCGAAGUGUCUGUUAGCAUUAGCCAUGUUAGCACCUUGACAUCGAAGUGUCUGUUAGCAUUAGCCAUGUUGGCACCUUGACAUCGAAGUGUCUGUUAGCAUUAGCCAUGUUAGCACCUUGACAUCGAAGUGUCUGUUAGCAUUAGCCAUGUUAGCACCUUGACAUUGAAGUGUCUGUUAGCAUUAGCCAUGCUAGCACCUUUACAUCAAAGUGUCUGUUAGCAUUAGCCAUGUUAGCACCUUGACAUCGAUGUGUCUGUUAGCAUUAGCCAUGUUAGCACCUUGACAUCAAAGCGCCUGUUAGCAUUAGCCAUGUAAGCACCUAACAUCGACACGUCUCUUAGCAUUAGCCAUGUUAGCACCUUGACAUCAAAGCGCCUGUUAGCAUUAGCCAUGUAAGCACCUAACAUCGACACGUCUCUUAGCAUUAGCCAUGUUAGCACCUUGACAUUGAAGUGUCUGUUAGCAUUAGCCAUGUUAGUAUCUUGACAUCAAAGUGCCUGUUAGCAUUAGCCAUGUUAGCACCUUGACAUCGGCGUGUCUGUUAGCAUUAGCCAUGUUAGCACCUUUACACUGAAGUGUCUGUUAGCAUUAGCCAUGUUAGCACCUUGAUAUCAAAGUGUCUGUUACCAUGUUAAUGUUGCCAAUCAACCUAAAAAGAAGAAAUGAAUUAAUGUCAAAUAUACGUGACGUUUGAUAUCGUAACUGUACGCAUGUUAAUAAAAUAAAGGUGCAAUGACGCCCCCUGG